GCAUGCCGCGCGCCGGAUCUUGCCGGCCCCUUCCGCUCUAGGCACCGCCUCCUCGAUGCGCCGGUGUGGGGCGCGCGAUGGAAACGGGAUGCUGGCUGCUCGGCGGCGAGUUUGAGGACUCGGUGUUCGAGGAGAGGCGGGAGCGGCGGCCUGGACCACCCGAGUCGUACCGCGCCAAACGCUGCGAGCCUCAGUGGUUUUAUGAAGAAACAGGGAGCAGCGAUGAUGUUGAAGCUCUGACUGUCCAGAAAUUCAAAGGGGACCUGGCCUACAGACGGCAAGAGUAUCAGAAAGCACUGCAGGAGUAUUCCAGUAUCUCAGAAAAACUGCCAUCUACAAAUUUUGCCAUGAAAAGGGAUGUCCAGGAAGGCCAGGCUCGAUGCCUUGUUCACCUGGGAAGGCACAAGGAAGCCCUGGAGAUUGCCACAAACUUGAGGGACGUAAUGAAGCACCAAGGCACUGAUCUUGAAUCCUUCGAAUCUUCUUGGCCAGAGGAAAAUAAAGCAACUAACACAGACCAUUUAACCACUGUACUCUACCUCCAGUUUACUAUUUGUUCCAGUUUGCAGAACUUGGAGAAAACCAUUUUCUGCCUACAGAAACUGAUUUCUUUGCAUCCCUUUAAUCCUUGGAACUGGGGCAAAUUGGGAGAGGCUUACCUGAACCUGGGGCCAGCCCUGUCAGCAUCGCUUGCGUCAUCUCAGAAAGAGAACAGUUUCACCUCAAGUGACACGGCUAUCAAAUCCUCCUUUCCCCACUCAGGAAAAGACUAUCUUUUGUGUUUCCCUGAAACUUUGCCUGAGGGCUCUGUGGAAGUAAGCAGUGGUAACAAGCAAAAGAAUGAGAAAGCUCUUAAAAAUAUUCAAAACUGUAUGACAGAAGAGAGAGCCGCAGUGUUGCUAGAAACUCAGAUGAAAGCCUGUGCCUCUUUUAUACGAACCAGGCUUUUGCUUCAGCUUGCCCAAUCUCAGCAAACAUCAUUUGCUUUGGAGAGGAACUUAAAGACUCAGCAGGAAAUUGAAGAUAAAAUGAAAAGGUUCAGCUUCAAAGAAGACACUUUGCUGUUGAUAGCAGAGGUUAUGGGUGAAGAUAUCGUCCCAGAAAAAAUCAGAGAUGAGGUUCACACAGAGAUCAAGUGUGUUGGCCCCGCGGCCCUGACUGCCUUGGUGAUCGGGUCUUCGAAAGAGUUUGAAGACAAAUGGUUCAGAAAGAUCAAAGACCACUUCUGUCCCUUUGAAAAUCAGUUCCACACAGAGAUACAGAUCUUGCCUUAGUGGUCCCUAUAAAAACAAAACAAAAAACAUCUUGUACUGUAUUAAGUGUUCUGGUUUACUUCAGACAGAAUCCUCUGCUAAUCAUGGAAUAUACUGAAUUAAAAACAGUCAUCUAUGUUUUAUAAAAAUGGCUUCUCUCCCAGAUAAUUUCUACUGUAUUCAGUUUCUUGAUUUUUUGUUUUCUUUUUAGAUUUCUGUCAUUCACUUGUGUGAGGCCUAUUGCCCCUUUAGAAGAUAUCUGUUGGAAAAGUGUUUAAAGGGACUCUUAGGAACUUGCCAGGCAGUCCGGUGGUUAAGACUGCCUUCCAAAGCAGGGGGUUCAGGUUCAGUCCCUGAUGGGGCAGCUAGGGUCCCACAUGUCAUAGGUGUGGCCAAAAUUAAAAAUAAAUACAACAUUAUAAAUCA